GGUAAAAGGCAGCCAGGGAUUAGCCGUAGCCGCAGCUAGUGGCCAAACACCGGACGACAACAAGUGCACCCGACCAGACACAACGCCAAUGAGUCCACUUCGAAUUUCACAUAGAGGCCCCGCUUUUCAUUUUGGUCGAGUUCGUUGUUUGGCGAGAGCAAAGUCACCUUUAUCUUUUUGUAUGCGGUCGGUUGUAACGCUUUGUUUCGGUGUGACGCGAGAGUAGAUGAACUUUUCUUUCUGCGACUUCCGUCCUUGGCUCCCCCAUCAAGUCAUUUGGGCUCAACCGGUUACUCCUAUGCGCAGGUCAGGGGGGUUGUGAGCCAUGCCUGGCUACAGCACUGGGGCCCCGCAGGCAUCCCGCCACCACAAACAUCACAGCCCCAGAGCAGACAAGUACGCUCAGGCCCCAACUAUAUUCAGGGAGAACAAAACCAGCCACGACUCCUAUAAGGAUCCCUACAAACCGCCUCAUCACAACGACCGCUCCCGCUACUCUGAGACCAAACAUGGUCGCAAAGCACCCCCGCGCGGCGGCGCCGGACGGGGCUCAGAGACUAUUGGCUUCAUUCCUGGCUCGGCAGACAACACGCCCACCAACAGACAUGCCUGUGGCUCCUGUGCCUCCGUGGGGUGGAGCGGCUGUAAGGCCCUUAUCUGCUGUGUAUUGACCUGUGGAUUUUAUGGCAGCCGAGAGCCUUGCCUGCCCGUUAACGAGAGCUCCACAGACAAUCCCCCUAAAGCAAGUAUCGAAUCCCACCCUCCUAAUGGCGUGGCUGCGACCAAAUCCCCCGGUGGCGGCAUCUCUUUUGAGCCCAACAAGUCCACUAAAUCUGUUAAAUUGUUGCCCACAAGCGACAGCUUCCGCUACCCGGACGUGCGCAUCGCUGGUCAGUCGGUAAGGUAUCCGGUAAUGGCCUCCAAGAGGACCCGAACCUCGGGCCGGGGGGAAAGCCAGCGGCCGAUCAGCAACACCAGCCUGUUAUCCCGUGAGGACUACGACUUGGAUGACCGGAGCGACACGGGCACAGAUAUUGACUCGCUCAUCACCAAGAAGCUGCUGGAGCUAUACGCCCUGCAUCAGAUCGACCAGCUGGCCAAGUGCACUUCUGACUCGUCGUUCUCCCGCAAAACCAAUGAGAUCAGCGAGCUCAUAUACAGCAUCGCUCAGGACUACAACCUGGAGGAGCAGGAGGCAGAGUGCAAGCUGGUGCACGGCGUCAUUCGCAUCAGCACCCGCAAGGGCAAGAGGAACAAGAGGCAUCAUUCUGCGGGUCACCGUCCUAAUGGCCGCAGCGACGGCACUCUGCCGGACAGCGGCAACGAGACCAUGACCAACACCUUCGUGAGCAGUGACUUUCCAGAAGUGAAAGUGUCGGAGCAGACGCCGUCAGAUGAGCUGGCGAGGAAGAUGAGACAAUACAGCGGGAGAACAUACUCCUCCAGCAGCGCCACGGCCUUUUCGCCCUACCUGCACGACACCGAAACGGACUCGUCAGGUGCGCCUCUCCUUGCGCUGUAGUGACAUGGCCGAAUAUUGUACAUGCCCGCCUUUUAUCUUCCUGCUCUCAUUUACUGAAUUCUGUUCUGCAAUGCUGGCUGGCUAAGUAAAGGGAAGGAAUUUGGGAAGUUUGACAUCUUUCCAUUGGAAUUAUUGAGAAUUAACUGGAGAUUUGGACGGAAUAUUUUUUUUCAUGCUCUGCCUCAUUUUAAAAUGAUCUGUAACUCUUAUUAUUAUUUUCCACAGUAGCCAAUGCAAAAUUUCCAGUUGAUUCCAGUAAAAUUCCCGUGAGAAAUUCAAACUUCAAAAAUGCCUGGAAAUUUACUACCCUAGUUGUAAGUCUCAUCUUUAAUUGCUGCUAAUGUUAUAGGUUUCGAUGAAUUUACCUCCCUUCAGUCAUGUUGUUUUUACGAAAGUGAGAGGAUUGUUUUAAUUGUUGUUUUUGUAUUGUUUUUCUUUUCUUUUUUUUUUUCUACUAUGUACCGGUAUUUGUUACAUAUGUCAAUUUGCAGUGUCAUGUUCGAAAAAGAUGAAUGUCUACACUUCAGGCAGGUUUGGCAGUCACGGCGUUGGAAUGUAGAAGAUGAAUGACCUGAAGGUUUAUACAAGUGAUUGUUCAACUUUUGUCAGGGCUUACAGGCGUUUUAAACGCCACACAAUCAUGUUUUGACUCAAGGAUUUAGCCAUAUUUCCUUGUAAAUAUUAUUUUUAAUUUACUUCAUGGGUUGUUAAACCACUUGUGACAUUUGAAUGCAUUUUGUAUUAUUAUUAUUUUUUUUUUUAAAGUGGUGAAUGCUGUUUUGGACAGUAAAAAUCUCAAUUUUAUUGUCAUUUCAUGUUCAAUAAAGAUG